AACUUGAGUUAGAAUCAUGGGAUGAACGUGAUUCUGCUGCCGGUGAAGAUGAUGAUGAAGAUGAUGAUGAUGUGACAAAACUCGCACGUAACCAUGGUGACGGAGAGCGUGCCCAGCUGGUUCCACCGGGACUCCGACGAGGGUCUGGUCCACGUGAACGUCGGAGGUCUGAAGAGGAGCCUCUGCUCCAGCACGCUGAAGAAAUUCCCCGACACCAGACUGGGAAAACUGCUGGCAUGUGACUCAGAGGAAGACAUCCUGCAGGUGUGCGAUGACUACGACGUGCAACAGAAGGAGUUUUAUUUUGACAGGAAUCCCGGCCUCUUCCCGUACGUCCUCCACUUUUACCAGACGGGGAAACUCCACAUCAUGGAGGAGCUGUGCGUCUUCUCCUUCAGUCAGGAGAUCGAGUAUUGGGGCAUCAAUGAGUUCUUCCUCGACAGCUGCUGCAGUUACCGUUUCCAUGACCGCAAGCUGGAGAGCAGCCGCCAUCGCAGCUGGGACGACGAGAGCGACGCCAGCAGCAUCGACACAUCUGUGGACGAGAUCUCUGACUUGAACAGAGACAUGCAGCACUUCCAGAGGGUAUGUUGUGGGAACAUCAGGAGGUGUUUGUGGCUGACGCUGGAGAAUCCCGGUUACUCCAUCCCCAGCAAGCUGUUCAGUCUGCUCUCCAUCGCUGUGGUGAUCACGUCCAUCGCCAUCAUGUGCAUCCACAGCAUCCCGGAAUAUCAGACGUUUGACUCUGACGGGAAGCUGAUCGAGGACCCGACCAUGCAGACCGUGGAGGUUUUCUGCAGCUGCUGGUUCACCUUCGAGGUGGUGACGCGGCUGCUCCUCGCUCCAAACAGGAGGAAGUUCUUCCGUCAUCCUCUGAACAUCAUCGACAUCGCGUCCGUGGUUCCAAUCUACGUCACGCUGAUCUUUGACGUGGUGCUGGGCUCCGAGUCUGAACUGGGAGACCUGGGUCGACUCAUACAGGUUUUCAGACUGAUGAGGAUCUUCAGAGUUCUGAAACUGGCCCGACACUCGACUGGACUGAGGUCACUGGGAGCGACGCUGCGACACAGUUACCGUGAGGUGGGCAUCCUGCUGCUGUACCUGGCCGUCGGAGUGUCUGUCUUCUCUGGUAUCGCUUACACUGCAGAGUAUGAAGAGGACGUGGGUCUGGACAACAUCCCCGCCUGCUGGUGGUGGGGCACCGUCAGCAUGACCACUGUCGGCUACGGGGACGUGGUGCCCGUCACGGUGGCGGGGAAGCUGGCGGCCAGCGGCUGCAUUCUCAGCGGCACACUGGUGGUGGCGCUGCCCAUCACCAUCAUCUUCAACAAGUUCUCUCACUUCUACAGACGACAGAAAGCUCUGGAGGCGUCGGUGAGGAACAACAACCACAGGGAGACGAGGAUGAGCUGCGAGGUGGACGAAGAGGACGAAGAGGAGGAGGAAGUAUCAGAUGAGGACAGCUGCUGCCUGGACGGGGAUGAUGAUGCAGAUUAUGAGGAUGAUGGUGGGGUCAUCAAUUACAGCUACGUGGAGUAUCCGUCACACACGUCAGUGAAGAAGAAGUUAGUGAAGAAGGAGCCGCGUCACCAGUGAGACUGUGUUCACACUGGAAGGUAUAAUCUGCUCAGACUGGCAAAUCUGUUCACACUGGAAGGUAUAAUCUGCUCAGACUGGCAAAUCUGUUCACACUGGAAGAUUUAAUCUGUUCAGAUUGACAAAUCUGUGUUCAUACAGGAAGACAUAAUCUGCUCAGAUUUGAAAAUCUGUUCACUUUGGAAGACAUAAUCUGCUCAAACUGACAAGUCUGUGUUCACACUGGAAGAUAUAAUCUGCUCAGACUGAGAAGUCUGCGUUCAUACUGGAAAAUAUAAUCUGCUGAAACUGGCAAAUCUGUGUUUACACUGGAAGACUUAAUCUGCUCCGUCUGAUAAAGGCUCUUUUCACAUUGGAAGAUUGAACUGUUAAGACUAAUCAAGAGUGCGUUCACACUGGAAGAUAUAAUCUGCUCAGACUGAAUGUGACAGAUUCUCGUGUCGCUCUGUGAUCGGUCUCUGUUGGACUCAAACCUGGAGGAAUAUAAAGUCGCUGCUUCUCAAACAUUAACGUUACACUUGACUCUGAGUUGAGUGCAGCUCUUUCUUU